GUACCGUCUUCAGCGUGGCCUCAGCACCCCAGUUAUGCCUCUGGAGGCUCUACGACGUAAGGUGAAGGAGGCGCGCCUGCGUCUCCUGCCCCACGCCUCACCACCCUCCUCCACCUCGCCCCGCAAGAAGGACCCGGGCACCAAGACAGUAACCCCAGACUCCCCAGCCUCCAGACUUUCCUCCCCUAGUUUGAUCAGAGAUGAUCAAUCCCCGUGUAGGGGAGAGCAGCGGAAGACAAUUACGCGGCCCAUGGGAUGCUCCUCCCUCCAGCAGUACUGGACGGGUGAGGGGAGCGGCGAAGAAGAAAUUGAGCUCCUGCAGCAGUACCUUAACCUGCAGCAGCUGGCGGUGUCGCGGAAACAUUCGACACAGCUGCGCCGUAUACGCGACUCUCUCCUGGCACGCGUCAGAAGUCGGCCGACAUCCAUGGUGAAGAGCCCAACCUCGCCGCCUCCCCCAGCAGCCUCCACUCCCAAUAAGGACCGCCAGGCACUGCGAAAUUUCCUUCUUGAUAUUGGCUUCGUGCAGUACUACUCACUCCUCAACAGACACGGAUACGACCUACCAACGGCUGCGCACAUGGACGCGCUGGACCUGGCCGGGGUUGGCAUCACUGAACCCCUACACAGAAUGGCCAUCAAGUUCGAGUUCGACCUGGUGAGAAGACCGCCUCCAGUUCCUGACGAGGUGCCGGAGACGAUUCAGGAGUGGCUGGAGGGCCUGGGUCUGCCGGACUACGUGGAGAACUUCCACCAGAACGGCCUCUACUGUCCCCUGGCGGCCCUCGGCCUCACCAAGCGAGACCUUCAGCUCAUGGGGGUGUACAUGCUCGGCCACCGCAAGAAGAUUCUCCUCGCUAUCAUCGGCCUUAAGGAAGCCUUGUUUAGGAAAGAGGGAGAAUGAAGGAGGACAAAGAAGAUGAAUAUGUAUAUAGCGAUUAAAUAAUUUAAUAGGUUCCGUUCUGUGGAAUUUUGGUGUUGUGUGAGCAGACGCUGUAUUGAGGUGCACUUUUUUUUUAAGUUUUCAACGCAAUGCAAUUUUACUAUUAUUCAUUUUAGAGGCUAAGUAGUAUAAUUUAACUACAAAGAUGCUUUCUUGAUAAUAUAAUUAUACAUUUUAUUCUAUCAAAUACAAUUUAACUUGUGUAAAUUUCAAGAGGUUGGCAGGCCUGUAGUUGAAGCCUAAAGCCAAGCUGGGGCACAGAUGCUAAUCGCCCGUGUGUCUAUUUACGCCCAAAGACACAGAUGGCAUUAUAAGCAAGAGGAAAUAUUAAAUACACCGAGAUGUGUCCACUUUCUCGGUGUAUAUACAUUUAGAGUUUACUUCAUUCCUGAACUAUGUAUAGGACUAAAGUACACUUGCUGGUUGGUUAGUAACCUGCGUGGUGGCCUUAAUAACCCUUUGGCAGUUGAUUGGCUUUCAAUGGCGCUGUGGGAAAGUUGACGUACACAUUUACUUAACGCUGUCCGGUGCCUGUGCUUAAGUUUCAGGGAAUAUCAAGUAUUCGAUAGUUAUAUCUGAUAUUCGCCUUCGAGAAGUGUACCCAGCUUGUCGGUGAACAUUAAGAGUUGACUUUACUCCUGUACUAUGUUCAAGACUGUCUUGAACAUAGCCCUUGACUUGACCAAGACUAAUAAGCUUGAACAUAGGUAAGCUGUUGAGCGGCCUUAAUAACCUUCCAGAGGUUGAAAGGCCUUGAGCCCAACACCAAACCAAUGUCGAAAAUUAAAUUCGCAAUGAAGCCCAGGAAAAAGGAGACAUAGGGGAUGAAUUCAAUAUACUGUAUAUAAAACAGGUUGAGUGGAUUACUGAUCCAACAAUAAUAAACAAUAAUGUUUUAUAAUAAACAAGGACAACGUUACAGCUGGAAUUUAAAUUCUAGGUAGAUAAGCAUUUAGUAUAAGCGUUUAAAAAUAACAUAAUACAAAAAAUCCACAUUACAUUAUUUUUCAAUAGUCUUGUAUAGUAAUUUAUCUUUUUCGAAAGAGCGUGACUUAAAAUGCUAUGACAUUUUUGUUCUAUAUGUUAAGUGUUCUUAAUAUCAGUUAGGCCUUACAUAAAUGUACUGUAUAUUAGUUUAUUAUUAUUAUAUUAUUUGUAUUGCUAUUAGUAUUUUUUUUAAUUACAAUAGCAUUGCUAUUAUUUAUUAUUAUUAUUUGAUGUGUAAUAAAGGAAUACAAGCAACAUGACAAGGCUAGGCAUUAGCCUCAUGAUAAUCAUGCUCAAUUUAUUAUAAAUAUAAAAAUUCAUCGUGAAUUUUCGAUGACCACAAUAAAUAAUUGUUAUCAUAUCAAUAUAUAUACAUUAAGACUUGAAAUUGGUAUUUUCAUUAUGCACUAUUUACAAAUUGGCACUACUUAAUUAGGUUUAUAUUAUA